CUUCGAUUUAACUUUCAGUACCGCACGAGUCUCUCAGUGUAAGACACAGAUUUUACCCUAAAAUCUUAAGAAACGUCUGUUCUGACAGAGUGAAGCUUAAAUACGUAAAUAGGAAAAUUUGCCUAGAAAGACAGUGGCAGUUAAGUCUUCUACAAGCACUAUGUCAGGACCCGAGUACAGGAUACCAGUGAGAUCAGAGAAAACCAUAGGAGUCUCUCUCUAGGAAGACAAUUUAUCUCGAACUAACAGAUAGACAUUGCUCAUUUAUUCAAUAUAGCCUAAGUCGACUCAGGAGUUCACCCUGACUUCCUUUAGUGUGGCCUUUCGUAUAGAAAGUAGCAUGUGAUCUGCUGAGUUUGUACGUAAAAUUAAAUCGACGAAUGACAAAGCUGUGUAUGAACGUUGUAGAGUAACGAAGUACUAGGAGGAUCGUCUUCAUGAACAAAUGAAGCCUAGAACACUGCACCAAAUUAAAUUCGUAGACGUAGGUGGUGGAUUCUUACCUCGAACCGGUACGCCAAUCACAGAGAGGGAAAGUUCCGCAACAGACCUGGGAACUGAAUACAGACAGAAAAUGUACGAUAGAAAACCGCAUAGACAUGCCUGGAGUAUCGGCGAGAUGUCUCCUGAGCAGGAUAGCGGCUCCGAGAGUGCUCCAUUACUAUCAUCCGGCUCGCACACUAGUAUUGGUCCUGUUAUGUUUCCAGAUUCAGAAACAAGCGACCUGGACUCUAGUCCCACUGGUGAAUCGUCCAGAUAUGGAAGUGUAGGAGCAGCCAGUUUUAACUCAGUGGUGACAGUAAUUCCUAAAAGACUGCCACCCCUGAUCCAAGACAAAACUUUAGUUAUGUCAACACCUGUGAUUGUCCCAUCACCCUUACCCUAUGAACGCGAAGGGUGCUAUGAGAUUCAUAAUACUGAUUUGCUUCUUAGAGAUGGGAGAUUUAUACCUGAUCAGGAUUGUCCUGUCAAGGAUUUGACUGGGAAUUAUUAUGCAGGAACAUUUUCCAUGAUGCAGAAUGCUAAUCCACUGCAAUACAAGGACCUGAUACCAAAACAAAGUUCUCUAGUGACCAUAUUCUCAAUAUGGAACACUAUUCUGGGAUCAUCGCUUCUCACAAUGCCCUGGGGAAUUGCUAUGGCAGGAUUAAUUCCUGGUAUAGUUCUAAUACUUGCUAUGGGUGGUCUCUGUCUUUACACAGCAUAUAGGUUGCUUCAGGUUCACAGGUAUCAUGGUGGUGAUGACAGAAUCGAAGUGACAGAAUUGAGUCGUAUCUUCCUUGGGCCUUAUGCAGAAUAUAUUGCUAAGAUAUUUAGUAUUAUGGUAUUAUUAGGCGCCAAUAUUGCUUAUUGGAUUUUCAUGUCAAAUUUUCUUUACAAUUCUGUCAAUUUUCUCUAUGAUAAUAUUGCAGGACUUCCUAUAGUGCCACAUACUGUAAAUAACUCUGUCCCUCCAGAAAUUCUCUGUCCCAAGCUGGAUGUCCACAACGUCAGCAACACAGAGAUCGUAGUCGACAGAUCAUAUGACAAUUUGGGCCCAAUUUGGGACCUUUAUAGAACCGUGCCAAUUUUUCUGGCACUGCUAAUAUUCCCAUUAUUGAACUUCAACAGUACUACUUUUUUCACGAAAUUUAAUUCUCUUGGCACAGCAUCAAUCAUAUACUUGAUUGUAUUUGUGGUAGUAAAAUCAGCUUCCUGGGGAAUCAACCUAGAUAAAACCUUCUGGAAAACAAACUGGCAAUUGCGAUCAACAUUUCCAGCCUUAUCAGGCAUGCUGGCCUUAUCAUUCUUCAUUCACAACAUAAUAAUUACAAUAAUGCAGAGUAAUCAUGAUCAACGUAAGAACGGCAGAGAUUUAACUAUAGCUUACAUACUGGUAACCUUGACAUACGUAUUAGUGGGAGUUAUAUUUUAUAUUUCAUUUCCACUAGCAAAAUCCUGUAUUGAGGAUAAUUUAUUAAAUAAUUUCCAAAAGUGGGAUGGACUAACAGUUGGUGCCAGAAUGGUACUACUCUUCCAACUCUUCACAGUCUAUCCUCUUAUCGCGUAUAUGCUACGCAUUCAAUUAUUAUCCUCAAUAUUCAAGAGGUCAGAUUACGCCAGAGGAUACGUGCUGAUUGUGAAUUUUCUAAUUGUCUGCAUAUGCGUGUUAUUCGCUGCUCUGAUGCCCCACGUUGGCACAAUCAUAAGAUACACAGGCGCCAUCAGUGGACUUAUUUAUGUUUUUACUUUGCCAAGUUUACUUCACUUGAGCUCCAUGUACAAGCAAGGACGCUCAUCUAUCCUGUCAACGGUAUUCCACUUAGCAAUUCCUAUCGUUGGUGGAUCGAAUCUUAUUGGCCAGUUCUUUGUGAAAGACAGCUGACGAGGAAGGAAUUUCUUUUUGGUAAAUUCUCACACUACUAAAAUGCAUUAAUUACAUAGUUAUUACCUAACGAUAAGAUAGUUUUAAAUGUAUAUAUAUAGAACGUUCUUGUAUCACAUUUUAUUUAGAGUAUAUCACUUUCUCGUGUACAUAAGUACAAUAAAGUUCAUAAUGACUCAC